CACAAAAAUCUAGCGAGGGAGAAAGAGAGAGAGAGAGAAGGCAAUGGGUCAAUCGGAGAACAUAUGCAAAAUCUUUCUUCUUCAUCAAUGAGCCAAAGUUUUUUUUAGUUGAGCAUGGAAUCUCCAGAAAAAUGGUUAUCUCUCUCUCUCCUAUCUAAAACACUUGGAUUCUUAUAUUCAAUGAGUGCGUCUGGUCUCUUUAAAAUAUAUGGGGUGGUGGGUAUAAUUUAACUCCUCGUUGGUAUUUUAGUGUCAAUUUGCACUAGGGUGGUUCUGUCUGCAAUUGCGGGUUGUUUUCUCUUGUGCGAGUCAAAGAUUGGGCAUUGGAAGUGAGUGGGAAAACGGGCAACAAGGUUGAAGUUAGUUUUGUGUCGAAAGAGACGAGCUCUGUUGCUAUGGGCACCCCCUUUUCUUGAUCAUUAAUAUCAGCUUCCAUGGCCUGUGGUGGUGACGGAAAAGAGGCAGAUUUAGGAAGCCUGUCAGUGGAAUAGGUCUGUCACGAUACAAAGGAGGAGAGAACACAGUCUGGUCUACUCUCAAGUAUGACCGUUGGUAAUUGAGUAAAAAGGUUUGAUGCUCUCUCAAUUUGGGUCAAAAAAUGAGUUUCCCUUCUUUUUUUUUAUUGAGUCAAAUAUUGAAGAUUUUUAGGUCAUUUUUACCCAAAUUUAAAUUUGAGUAUAAGUUUGGGUAAGGACUGGAGAUGACCUAACAGAUUCAAAUUUGUAUAACGAGAUGAAUUAGAAAAGUGUCUCCUUUGUUGCAAUGUUGAAAUUGCUAGCUUUUGGAUUGUUGAUUACUUCUCUGAUCACCUCUGUGUUGGCCAUUGAUAAUGGAUUUUCCCAUUGUCCUUGUGAGGACGAGGGCCUGUGGAGCAUACAAAGCAUUCUAGAGUGCCAAAAAGUGAGUGAUUUCUUGAUUGCAGUAGCUUAUUUUUCAAUUCCCAUCGAGUUACUGUACUUCAUUAGCUGCUCAAAUGUACCAUUUAAAUGGGUCCUUGUCCAAUUCAUUGCAUUUAUAGUCCUUUGUGGAUUGACCCAUUUGCUCAAUGGGUGGACAUAUUAUGGUCCUCACUCCUUCCAGUUGAUGUUGGCCCUUACCAUUGCCAAAAUUCUCACCGCACUUGUGUCUUGUGCAACUGCUAUAACUCUUUUGACUUUGAUACCCCUUCUUCUCAAAGUGAAAGUGAGAGAGCUAUUCUUGAAGCAAAAUGUGUUGGAGCUAGACCAAGAGGUGGGGAUGAUGAAGAAACAGAAAGAAGCAAGCUGGGAUGUCAGAAUGCUGACUCAGGAAAUUAGAAAGUCACUUGAUAAACACACAAUAUUGUACACUACCCUAGUUGAGCUUUCCAAUACCUUGGAUCUGCAGAAUUGUGCAGUUUGGAUGCCAAAUGAGAAUAAGACAGAGAUGAACCUGACACACGAGCUAAAGGCAAGUUCUUCAGAAGAUUAUCAUAGUUCUCUUCCCAUAAAUGACCCAGAUGUACUAGAGAUAACAAAGAACAAGGGGGUGAGGAUUUUGAGACCAGAGUCUGCGCUUGGUACUGCAAGCAGUGGUGAGGCUGCUGAGUCAGGUGCUGUGGCUGCAAUUCGGAUGCCAAUGCUUCGAGUUUCCAAUUUCAAAGGAGGGACGCCGGAGCAGGUCAAGACUUGUUAUGCCAUUUUGGUUUUGGUUCUUCCUAUUGCAAACGAUAAAAGUUGGAGCUAUAAUGAAAUGGAAGUAGUGGAAGUGGUUGCUGAUCAGGUGGCUGUGGCUCUGUCCCAUGCUUCAGUUCUUGAGGAGUCACAACUAAUGAGAGAGAAACUAGGAGAGCAAAAUCGUGCGCUGCAACAGGCUAAAGAGAAUGCAAUGAUGGCAAGCCAGGCGAGAUGCUCUUUUCAAAAGGUGAUGAGCAAUGGGAUGAGGAGGCCAAUGCACUCAAUUUUGGGCUUACUUUCAAUGUAUCAGGAUGAGAAUAUGAACCCUGAACAGAGGAUAAUUGUUGACACAAUGAUGAAAACAAACAGUGUUCUCUCUGCUUUAAUAAAUGAUGUAAUGGAGAUAUCAGCCAAAGAUAAUGGAAGGUUUCCAUUGGACACGAGGACCUUUCGGUUACACUCUAUGAUUAAGGAAGCUUCUUGUCUUGUUAAGUGCUUUUGUGUUUAUAGGGGCUUUGGUUUUUCUAUAGAUGUUCCAAACUCUUUGCCUAACCAGGUGAUAGGUGAUGAGCGGAGGAGUUUUCAGGUCUUGUUACAUAUGGUUGGGCAUAUAUUCAAUGUCAGUGAUGGAGUGGGCUCUGUUAUAUUCCGGGUUGUUUCAGAAAGUGACCAUGAGGGCAGGAAUGAUAAACUUUGGGGAAUAAGGAGACCAAACACAGCUGAUGAGUACGUCAGCAUAAAAUUUGAAAUUGAAAUUAGUAAUGGAGAUUCUCAAUCAGAUGGCUCAGUUUCUACCAUUCAUUUUGGUGGUAGGAGGCAUAACAGCAAGGAGAUAAAGGAGGGACUGAGCUUCAGAAUGUGCAAAAAACUCGUGCAGAUGAUGCAAGGAAAUAUCUGGAUGUCUACAAAUUCCAUGGGUCAUGCACAAAGCAUGACCCUUAUUCUUCGAUUUCAAGUCCAACCGUCUUUCUUUGAUUUUGGAAAGGCUUCAGAGGCACCAAAUAUUAACCCCAUGUUCCGAGGCCUUCAAGUUGUCCUAGCUGACGACGAUGACGUAAACAGAACAGUGACCAAAAAGCUGCUCGAGAAGCUGGGGUGCCAGGUAUCUGCUGUUUCAUCUGGGUCUGAAUGCUUGAGUGCCCUAGGCCCCUCUACUACUUCUUUCCAAGUUGUCGUUUUGGAUAUUCACAUGCCAGAUAUGGAUGGGUUUGAAGUGGCAAUGAGGAUCCGGAAUUUUAGAAGCCGUAAUUGGCCAUUAAUCAUAGCCUUGACUGCAAGUGCUGAGGAAAAUGUGUGGGAGAGAUGCCUUCAGGUGGGGAUGAAUGGACUCAUUCGCAAACCUGUUCUUUUACAAGGUAUGGCAGACGAGCUUAGGGGAGUCCUGCAACGAGCAGGGGAAGGGUUGUGAAGAUUAAUUAUGGGUUUGGGGCUCUUAAAUUUUCGAGGGGGCUUUGAUCAGCUCACCUUCAAUUAGCAGCAUAGAUAUGCUAGCAUUGACAUUCAUUGUAAUCCAACUGUAGCUAUUAUUUUUGCUAACAACAAUGAACUCUAAAGCUACAUUGCUGCAACGUUAUAGGAUGUAUUACAGAGUUUUCUUAAAUCAAA